AAACCACAACACAGCAUCAUGGAUGAGUUCAAACUUCGAAGUAUCGACCUGCAACAGGUGCAAAACCAGAUCCGGCACAAGACCGACGGUCUGAGUUCCAGCACUCUGGUUCUGCGGAGAGGACAGGCCUUUACAGUGACAAUCAGCUAUGAUGGACGACCAUUCGAUCCACUGAAGGAAAAUCUGAUCUUCCGAAUUGUUCUAGGUCCGCUGUCUGUGGAGGUCCCGGUCUCCAGGCUCGGACAUUCCUCUCUGACUCAAUGGAGCGCUGUUCUGGAGAGGAACAUCCCGGACCCGACUGGACCCCAUGCUCUAUGGGUAUCACUGUCUAGCCCUGCGUCUGCUUCUGUCGGUGUCUACACGCUUCAGAUGAGAGUCGAGACCCGUUUGACUGUGAGAUCACAUCUGCUCGGCCAGUUCACGCUCCUCUGCAACCCCUGGUGCCCAGCUGAUUCAGUGUUCCUGCAGUCGGAGGAUCUGAGGACUGAAUUUGUCAGGAGUGAUAUCGGCCUGCUGUUUAAAGGCAGCCUCGGGAACAUCGUCUCCAGACCCUGGUCGUUUGAUCAGUAUGAAAAAGGGAUACUGGACAUCAGUAUGAAAUUGCUGCAGCUGAGUCCUCAACAUCAAGCGGAUCUAGGUAAAGAUCUGCAGAACCGCAGCAAUCCGGUUUACAUCAGCCGCGUGAUCUCAGCGAUGGUGAACUCUAAUGAUGAUAAAGGAGUGUUAAUGGGAAACUGGUCAAAUGACUACAGCGGUGGGGUCAGCCCUUCACAGUGGUCCGGCAGCGCAGAUAUUCUCAGGAAGUGGGCAGAAACACAAUUCAGUCCUGUGAAAUACGGACAGUGCUGGGUGUUUGCUGCUGUCAUGUGUACAGUAAUGAGAGCCCUUGGCAUUCCGACUCGAGUCGUCACCAACUUCAACUCCGCUCACGACACAAACAGAAAUAUAGUGAUUGAGGAAUAUUACAGUGAGAUGGGGGAAAAAUUACCCAUCGGCAGGGAUAGCAUCUGGAACUUCCAUAUGUGGGUGGAGAGUUGGAUGAAGAGGCCUGAUCUGGGUCGAGGUUAUGACGGAUGGCAGGUUCUCGACCCCACGCCACAAGAGAAGAGCGCAGAAAUGUUCCGCUGUGGCCCUGCUGCUGUUAAAGCCAUUUAUCAUCAGAAGGUGGAUGCACAGUACGAUGUGCCAUUCGUUUACGCAGCAGUGAAUGCGAAUGUGCGUACAGUAAUCGUCAGAGAUGGGAAAGUGUUAACAACCAGCACUGAUAAAAACAGAGUUGGAGCUAUGAUCUGCACCAAACAUCCAGGAUCCUUGCGUAUGCAGGACAUCACGUCUGAAUACAAAACUGAGAUGGAUGACAGCACAGUUCGUGCACUGAGCACUGAUGCUCGCAGAGGUGAAGGUGCUACAGGAAGAGUGGCACCUCAAGGCCUUUCGGUUUCUCUCCAGCUUCUGAAAGCCCCUGUAGUCGGCGAAAACAUUUCUUUCAACGUCACAAUCACUAACAAAGUCGCUGUUCCGAAACUUCUGAGAAAACAUGUGAAUGCUCAGAACAAGGAGUACAACCGCAAUCCCACUGGAACCUUCUGGGAGGCUCAUGGCGAUGUGAAGAUCGGCCCAAAAGAAACUGUGACUAUACAACAUGAGAUCUCCUUCAAGGACUACAUGCUGACGGAGGCUGCGGAGGAUUCUCUGGUUAACCUGGCUGUGGUUAUUGAGGAUGUGAAGUCUCAGGAGAGAGUGCUGGCUUCAGAGGAGUUCAACAUCCGCAGCCCUUCCCUCAAUAUACAGGUUCAGAAUGAGUAUGUGGUCAUCAACACGCAGCAAGUGGCCACAGUGACCUUCACCAACCCGUUCAGCAUUGCAGUGAGCGGUGAACUGACUGUAGCCUGUUCGGGACUUCAGGAGAAAGUUCAAACAAGGCUAACAAUCCAGCCUCGAGAAACCAUGAGGAUGCCCAUUAAUUUCACUCCCAGGAUGGCGGGUGCCAAGAUGCUUUACGCUAGUUUAGUGUUGAUGAAUCCUCCCACCGUCCUGCACGGAUUCAAGACCAUCAAUGUUCAAGCAUCUUAGAGUCAAACACCUUUAGAAAGAAUUGUGAACCCUCAGCACGAAGUACUAUUUAAUGCUCUUCUAAUACAUUGUCAGCCUUUUACUAAAAUACGUAUAAUGUGUCCAACACUUUUCAACAAGUCAGUAUUAGAAAUGUUUUCCUCCAGUAAGUUUGCACUCACUGAAGCUGAGGGUCUCUGCUGUGAAAUGCAGAUUGCAAACAAAUGUAACACAUGGACAUGUUAAGAAAAAAUACUUUAUUUUCUGGCUAAAUAAUCUUGAAUAUACAGUUCAGUGUGAAUCAAGUCAAAAAAUAUUUUUACAGUGAUAUUUACAGUGUUAAAAAACCCCAGAAAGCAAUAACGGUGUUUCAGAGGCUAGUUUAGUAAAAAAAGACCACUUGAGUGCUUUGGACUUUGGACACUUUUUUUUUUGUCCCAGGGGUUAGUAACUUUUUUGACUUUUAUUUAGUUAGUUAGUUAGUUAGUUAGUUAGUUAGUUAGUUAGUGUGACAUUCAAAUUAAAACGGUCCUGGAAACCUUUUACAGUGCCCCAUUGUCUUAGUGUUAAAAUAUGAACCAAAAAAAU